GUACGGCGGCAUCUAGAACGUCAUCACGUAGGCGGCCGUCUUACCACAGGCAAGCUUUCUGGUGGAAUCUGUGGUCAGCGAUCUGCACAAACGCUAAUACUCGUAUCUCACUGAAAUCUUGACGGAAUAACAAACAGUUUGGUUUCUUACAAACGUUAUAAACGCGGUUAUAAUCUUGUUGUUCUAUAUUUUUUUAGAACCUAACAUAAUUAUUCAUAAGUAUGCAGUGUCAUAACUACAUCUCUGAGGUUUUGGGUUACCACUACCAACCCAAUGUUAUGGGUGAGCAGCUCGCAGCUGACUGUGGCAAGAUCGCCGCCAGUGCGGACGUUCGACUCCAUUGGCCAGCAGCGCGGACGAGACAUCUAGUGUUCUAUAUAUCUAUGCGUCAGACAACCAAAUGUAAACAUUUUAAUAAGAUAGCGGUGGCGUCGGCCCACUUUGAAAGUGGUAUGCCCGAUGUAAACCCUGGUGAGAUAUGCGUGAAUCUCUUCCUAGUCAGAUUAUUAUUAUUUAUUUCAAUUUUUAGGUGGACCGGAAAUAUCCAAUAAAAUGCCGCAAAUAAAGGGCCAAACUUCAAAAUCUUCAACAACAUUUUGAGAAAGGCUAGCCGCUAGUAUAUAAUACUGUCAGAGAAGAAGAAUGUCAACAGUGGAAGUAACGAGCAGACCACAUUACGUCAGUGCUGUCUGGCUGGCGCCACGCGCUGGUGGUUGAGAGGCACGCAGGGCGCGAGCUAUAAAGGGAAAUAAAAAAUAAAAAACACUGUAAAGUGCUAGCGCUAAGGGGUCACGAACUAUGACCUUUAACAGGAGAAAACCAAAACAAACAUUUAAUAAAAAUGGGAGAAUUACUCAUCAGCGAGCCUAGUGACUCACAGAGCCCUUUACCUACGUCACCAUGAAGCUGCAUCCUCAUCAGAAAAUAGCACCUGAACCAGGGGCACAGAUUGUAACGGACCAGCAGGCUGGUCAGAAGAGCCAGAUACUCACAGCUAUGAACCCGUCCAGCGGCCCCAAGCAACAGUUCUUUCUGACCACAGCCGAUGGCUCUGGGGCAGGCAAGGUCAUCCUGGCCUCGCCAGACAGCAACCACAACAAGCAGCUCAUCUUUACUGCCGCAGACAACUUGAUGCCUGGCAGGAUACAGAUUGUUACUGAUGCCAUGUCCAUGGAGCGGUUGCUUGGGCAGGCAGGGGAUCUCAGUCGGCCUCAGCCAGUGGAAUACUGUGUGGUCUGCAGAGACAAGGCCUCAGGGCGUCACUAUGGUGCCGUCAGUUGUGAGGGCUGUAAAGGAUUCUUCAAGAGAAGCGUGAGGAAGAGCCUGGCCUACAGCUGCCGCAGCAAACAGGACUGCGUCAUCAAUAAGCACCACCGCAACCGCUGCCAGUUUUGUCGGCUUCGAAAGUGCCUUGAGAUGGGGAUGAAGACAGAGUCUGUGCAGAGUGAACGCAGACCCAUUGAUCUGGUCCCUAGAGAGAAGCACUCCAACUGUGCGGCCUCCACUCAAAAAAUCUAUGUCCGCAAGAACCUCAACAGUCCAAUCAUUGCCACGCCAACCUUCAUUUCCGACACAGAGACAGAAGGCUCCAGAUCUAGUCUUCUGGAGCAAGGAAUGCUAGUGAACAUCCAGCAGCCCUUCAUCCAGACAGAUGGGACAUUGCUACUGUCCACUGACUCUGAGCUGGAGUCUAGUCACGGGGACUUGGGGACGCUGGCCAACGUGGUGUCUUCGCUAGCCAACCUGAGCGACUCGCUGAAUGAGAACCUCAACGGGGGCGAUGAUGCCUCAGAGGGCUUCCAGCAGGAGCACUCCGCCAGUGAGAUAACACGUGCCUUUGACACCCUGGCCAAAGCCCUAAACCCACCAGAUGCAGGGCAGGGCCAGAGCCAGGAAGGUCAGGUGCAGUGUGCUGCCGGAGCCACCAUCCAGCUCAUCGGUCGGGACCAGGAGACCCCGCUCAUAGAGGUGGAGGGGCCACUGCUCACAGGCACCCACGUUGGCUUUAAGCUGUCGAUGCCGUGCCCGAUGCCGGAAUAUCUUAAUGUACACUACAUCUGUGAGUCAGCAUCCCGCCUGCUCUUCCUGUCCAUGCAUUGGGCGCGCUCCAUCCCUGCUUUUUCAGCUCUGGGCCAGGAUAUGAACACAAGUUUGGUGCGAGCCAGCUGGAAUGAGCUGUUCACCCUGGGCAUGGCUCAGUGUGCCAAUGUGAUGAACCUGUCCACCAUCCUAGCUGCUAUCAUUAACCACCUUCAGGGAAGCAUUCAGGACGACAAGGUGUCUGGGGAGAGAGUGAAGGAGGUGAUGGAACACAUCUGGAAGUUGCAGGAGUUCUGUCACAGCAUGAUAAAGGUGGAGACGGACGACUUUGAAUACGCCUACCUGAAGGCCAUAGUGUUAUUCAGCCCAGACCACCCAGGCCUGGAGUGCAGCAUCCAGAUCGAGAAGUUCCAGGAGAAGGCCUUGAUGGAGCUUCAGGACUAUGUGCAGAAGACCUAUCCAGAGGACACGUACAGGUUGACCCGUAUCCUGAUGAGACUUCCAGCCCUACGCCUGAUGAACUCCAACAUCACAGAGGAGCUCUUCUUUACCGGACUCAUAGGGAAUGUCUCCAUAGACAGCAUCAUUCCAUACAUCCUGAAGAUGGAGACCACAGAGUACAACAGUCAGGACUCUGGCUCUUUGGAAUGAUAAGUAUUCCUCCACCCAGCUGAAACGUCUUUUCAGAGAUGGGUAAACUGAACUUAUGUACUACUCCUAAGGUUUCUGGUCGACUGUCGCCCUCAGUGUGCUAUCCUGUUGCAGUUCCUCUGCGCUCAAAGCCCUGGUACCACAGCGUAAGCCAGCGGGACCACUGGUAGGGGUCUGGGAUGUUUCAGAGUUCAGUGAAACUCCAGACUUGAUGGAAGAGACUGAAGUCUUUUCUGUACUUCAAACCAAUUCCUGAUUGACUUUAACUUUUGGCAUAAGCCUUUACAGGUUGUUUUACUCUUAUUCAAGCCAUAUUCUUCUCUAAUGCUGGACAUGAUUAUGGUUUUUAGGGUAGCUUCUGAAUCUAAUCUCUAAAAUGUGCAAUCGUUAAUCAUGGAGUCAAAUGAAUGGCAUAAGAAAGUCAUAAUGGUAAAAGACUAUAAAAAAAAAACUUUCAAGCUGAGUUUAAGCUCAUGUCGCAUAGAAAACAAGUUUAGCCAUGGGGAAAAUCUAAAGUCCCAACCACAGACUUCUAGAGAUUAUAGCAUCCAAGAAUUGAUCGGGUGUGAGAAUGUAUCAGCAGCCUAGGUGAAGGGGAUUUAUGUAAAUUAUAAUUGUGAUUAUAAUUCAUCACAUGACAAUGCAAUCUAUCUAUUAGGUGCAGUGUGUAGAAUCCAGUGGCAUCUAGCAGAAUGGAAUUGGCAGAAGUGGAAUAUAAUUUUCAUAAGUAGUUUAUAAUUAGUGUAUAAUCCCAUAAUCCACGGUGACCGGCUUGUUGCACCGACAUGAUUUUACAUUAGCCCAGAACAAACAGCACUACAGAGGACACUGUUUCAAUAACAAAUAGGAAUCCCUGUCUUACUUGUAAGAUAAGACCUAUAGUUGUACAGACUAAAUACUAACCUCAUCACUUGACCCUUGGCUUCUGGAUGCUGUCCAGGUCAGAGUGGCUUUGAUUAUAUGGUUGAAAGGCGGGGGGAGGGGGCUGUAAUUCAGCAAUAUGCCAACUCACUACUAGAUGCCACAUCAUCCUACACACACAUUGCACCGAUCAUGGCGUGGUAUUUUAAAUGUCAUACAACAGUGUACCUUGUUAGUUUACUUAUUUGUUCAAAAAUGUUAGACAUUUAAAUUUGGACAACAGUAAUAUUGUAACAUUCAAUUUAAGUUGCUUACUCAUUCACACUGGAAUAUUGUUUGCAAAGACCACUUCUAAAUCAGGUUAAAAAACAAACCUAUUUGAAUGUUUUCUUUGAGCAGCCACUAUCAAAUUAAAUAAUGUAAUAAUCAACCUUACUUAAUUAACCUGUAGAAAUAGCAAAGAUGAAGAUGGUCCAAGUGAUAAUUCCAUACAAUUUUUAUAGUUUGAAGUCAGAGAAAAAAAUGUAAUUAAUUAAGGGCCAAAUGUGUUUUAGCAUUCUGCGGCUAUUGCUGCUUCUCGAGUGGAAAAGACAAUUCAAGACUCCUUCUCAGCUGCUGUUGUCCUGGCUACGUUUGGUAUAUAUGGUUUCGGGUGCAAUCAAGAUGUGCCUUGAUUGGAGCUGUAGACGUGUAUUCACCUGGUGGAGUGGUGGUUGUGUCAGCCGCUCAGCUCUUUUGCAAUCACCAAUGUAUUAAUCCUUUAAGGGUUGGACCCAAUUUUCUUUUAUUCGUCGCCUUUUUUUUAGCCGUCUUUAGUUUUUUAAUGAAUUGUGUUGCACAUUUUUUUUCAAAUCAAAUUUGUUUUGACUUUUUAUUCAAAUUGUUACUAAGUUGCUCAUACUAAGUGUACUUAAAGUACUUUAUUGGAAUGUCUCAGAUUAGAAAAAGUAUUUUCUGGGGCAGAGCCCCAAAUCUAUCGGUGUGUUAAGCAUAUGUUGAAUUAUACUGUACGUACUACAGCAACUAAAAACAAUGGUUUGUUACUGCACUUAUGUAAACUAAUAUUUGUACAUGUAGUUUCAUUAAAAUGAGUGCAUGUUUUUUUAAGUGAAGUUUUAUAUAUCUUGUCACUGUAUGGGCUAAAAGCAAAGAAGUUUUCCGAUAUUGCAGUGCAUGAAGGUGCUUAAGCUUUUUUUAAAGUUAUGUAUAAAAAUGUAGAUUUAAAUGUUGUUGCAUUAUCAUAAUUCAAGAUUCUAAAACAGAAAUAAUUAAUGUGAAUAGUGUCUUAUGUUUGUUUCUGUAAAUGCAUUUCCUCAAACUUGUGACUAACCAAUCAUUCAAACAAUCAUAUCUACUUCUUUGCCAUUUGCCCUUUUUUCUACCUCGUCAGAAAUAAAACUGCAAAAAAAAAAGUAAUACAGUGAUACAAGUUGGCAAUCCGAGUCUGGUGUGAUGGUUAUUGUAGUUCUGACAGAAACAAACCAUUGUUUCAAGUAUGACAUUGACUUUUGGCACAGAGAUGGCACUAGGCUAUGUGACAUUGACUACAGUUGGGAUAGGUUUUUUCACUCAUUCAUUAUUCUCUGUAUGUUUCAACCAAUAAGGGUAUUUGUUCAAAACAGUAUCCCUCUCGUUUUUACUGAAAGUGUGAUAAUAUUUUGGAAACUGUAGAGGCAUGUAAGAGCCCUACUGUCACGUCCUUUAUUUAUUUUUAAACAUUUAUAUAAGUGCUCGGAA